CCUCAAACCCUGAAAUAACCUCUGUAUUUAGGAACAUUAAAAUAUUUAGUAACAUUAUUUUACUAAUGAUUUAGUAACAUUAAACGUAUUUAUUUAACAGUAAAACCGAGCUGUUCCAAAAAUGAUUUCUGGGUUGAGGUAUAUCUUAAAUCCGAGCUGUCUGGAACGUAGCAUUAAACCUCUACACGCGCUUCCACAUUACGUAACUUGCGUAGGGUCGUAUUCAUGUAGGGCUAAAACUACAUUCCAUGUGGGAAGAGAUUGCGCUGAAUGCUAUAUUCCUUCAAACGUUGUAACAUCGGCUACAAAGACAUCCCUGCUUUACCUUCCUUUAAAUUUACUGGGUCGCUGAAUAAUAAGGGAUGUGAAAUGGGUAGAUUGGACCUUGGUGAUGUAGUCCUGCGGCGGAUGCAGGAGAAGGACAUUGAAUCUGUGAAGAAUCUGGUCAAGGAGGGCUGUGAGGGAACCGAGAACCGUCUGAUUCUUCACCUUCUCACCCGUCCGCUUGCUCUCCUCAUGCUGGCCACUCUCUCCUCCAUCCUCCGCUUCGUGCUGCACUCUUUCGUCUUGGCUUUCAUCAUUCCUGUUUUCGUUCUCAUCGUCUACCUUAAACUCACCAUCCCACGAUCUGUGGGCAUCCUGGGCUCCAGCAAGCCAUAUUGGGACUAUGUGGGUAGCAGUUACCAAGCAGACACAGAACCAGAACUGCCCAAUCCUCACUCAGGAAGAGCCAAACAAACCCCCAACCAAGAGAAAACCAGGCGGCGCAAAAAAGCCAAAGAGAAAGAGAAGAUCACUGAGAGAGAGCAGGUGGAUGAGGAUGAUCUGAAGGAGAGAGCGAGGGUUGCUGGAGAGAUCUGGGUGGCAGAGUCUGAUGGAGAGAUUAUGGGGUGUGUGGCAAGAGACGGUUGGAGUCGGGAUGGGGUAUGUCGGAUCUGCAGGUUGGUGGUCCAAUGCUGGUACCGUAGAGAGGGACUGGGCAGAUUGCUGGUUCAGGGGCUGGAAUCUAAAGUAAAGCAGAGUGGCAUAUAUCGGGUCUAUGCCCACGUGCCCUUUCCUUCCAAAGUGGGCGAGGCUUUCUUUAGGAGGCUGGGUUAUCGUCUGCAGGGUGAGACUUCGGGGAUUGAGGGAGAGGAGGAAGAUGAUUAUGAAGAGCCAGAGAAGGGUUGGAUGGGCUUUCCUUUAACCAAAGUGUUUGUUAAGGAUCUGUAAGGAUCUGUCAUUAAAACAAAAUUUAAGUCUUGAUUUUAGCUACUGAAGAUUCUUCACAUUCAUAAUUGCACCAGUUGGUAUUUUGUAUGUUCAUAUCUCUUUUCCUGUGAAUUUUAGACCAUGGUUAAAAAAGUCAGUUAACGUUCUGACUUUGCCACAAUAGGUGAAAUCAUAAUGUAUAUAUUUAUAAGUAUAUUGUUCUGCAAGAAUAUUUUAAGAUGUUGAAUGUUGCAGAUUUCAUCUCUGGGUUUAACAAGAUGUUAGCUGAGCCGUGACAGAAAGUGACUGAAAAAAUAAGCAGUUGACUGACUUUUUUGGCUAUUAUUCUAAUUGCUUUUAAAGAAACUGUAUGUUUUUUAAGAAAACGGGAUGAAGAGAGUGAAUGAUUUUCUUUCAUUCUUGUGUGUUUACCUUAUUUAUUUAUCUUAUUUAUUGUGUGGUAUUUAAAAAUGAGUGAUAUAUUUUGUAUGUUUCCCUUGACUAUUGAGGAAUAAGCUUUUUAAGGUAAAAAUAAAAGUAUUGC